AUCAAUUACCCGUCUUUUCUACUUUUUAUUCACUUUUGCACUCCCCAUUCAUAAACAUGUAAACCCAUAAGAUUUUUUUUGGGAAAAGGAGGGAGCGUAUGGGAAACCUAAAGAGAUAUGCUAGGAGUAUACCAAAGAUGUACUCCAAAUUGAUGGAGGGGGCGGAGGAUGUUUGGGGUACAAUGGUGUAAGGCAUUUUCCAAACCUAAACUAAAGAAGAGAAAAAGGAUUUCGUUGCCAAAUCUCGUCCCCUGUUCAUCGAGGAUGGAGAGACGCAAGAGGAUGGAACCAGCGAAGCGAGGUCUAACAGCAGAUGACGAGCGACUAUGAACUAGAGGGGAUUGAUUGUCUCCCUACCCGAGUUUGUCUCAAUUUGUUUCUGAUUUUGGGGGAAUCUAAGGUCGACGAACUAUCGUUGGAUUGUCCGAUUGUCAGGGACGGGCCAAAGAGAAAUUGUUGUCGAUGGGGGCUCGGGCUAGGUGUUUAGGGCUAUGGUCUAUGUGAGUCACGAUUGGGUGGCUAGGUUUGGGCUAGGUGAGCCGCUGCAGGGUCACUUGGUUUGGUCAGGCAUGAGUCUGCUCUUUUGGCUAGAGGAAAGGUUGGGUUGCUGGGGUCUCUGCCAAGGGUUGUGGAGUUCAAGGAGGCAAAUGAUGUGUAAAAAGUUAUUGAUUUACCCUCUUUUCCUUGCAUUUCUCAUACCAUAUCAUAUUGUUCAAUAUUUCCAAUUUCAAUAGAAGUGUACUUGGUUGACGUAAAGUAUGAUUAGAAUUUUGAUUAUAAUUACGGAACGAUAACCCAAAGUCACUACAAAUAAUGGAAUAUAAUUAUAUAGGUCUGGAUUGUGUAUGUUUCAACAUAAAAUAAAGUCUACUGUUUGAUUUUAUCACUUUCUAGAAUAAACAAUCUAAAAAUGGUCAUUUUACUUGUGCUUGUUUGGAACUAACAUUGCUACCUUUUUAUAAUAUGGAAUAUAAUUUGUCUAGCAUAUCCUUAGAUAGUAGCUCCUUCCUAGGGAGAAAUUAGGGCAGUGGGGUAGACCUCAAGGAGUGGGUAGUGGACUACUCUCAUGUAGGACUACGUACUCCAUUCAUCAAAUCUCGGUCGUUGCUUUUUCAUUUCAUGUUUGAUUAAUGCUUGUAGGACUGUUAUUUGAUAUGUUUUUCACUAAAUUUGAAUGCAGUAUCCUUUUGCGGGGCAUCGCUACUACAAAGUAGUUUACGAGAGAUAUACAUCGCUAUUUUUCCUUGUUAUAGUCGACAAUGAAGAAGUUUAGCUAGAUUGAUCUAUCAUGUGUUUGUGAUUAUUUGUAAUGGAGUCCCCCCUCUAUUCUUACUUAUUAAUCUGGAUAUGUUUACCAAAUCACACAGUUUAAAGACCUUAUUGGCACUAUAAAUUUAUCAAUACUUUAAUGCUUCACCAUAAAAUCUCCCUAUUCAAAUUUACACUUACAUUUUUAGGCUCUCAUAUUUAAGUUGGGAGGCCACAUCUUUUGAAAAUACUUUAAUAAGAUGGCAUAGGGAUUUAAUGCUAUAAUAAUGUUGCUAGUACCAUCAUGUAAUUACUACAUGUUGUAGGCAAUUGACGAAUGCUCACUCAGACUAGAUGGCCUCAUUUAUUAUUUGUUACUGUCCUGAAUAGCCAAUUUUAUGGCAAUUAUAUUAUCUGUUUUGCUAGCUAUUGAUAUAUCCUCCUUUCCACACAAACUGCAUAUUCCAUCCACUCACUUUUUUUUAAUCAUUUUAGAUUCUUGAGUAACUGGUGACAAGGCAAGACAAAGUAUUGUGGAUCUGAUGGAGGCGUCCUUUUUAACCAGCUGCUCGUUUAUAGCAUUUUGAGGUGUAGAGGCAUAGAUCUUCUUGAGCAGAUAUCCUUUGGAAUCUAUCUUUGAAUAUGCUUGCGAUUGGUCAUGAGUAUAUUGAUUUCUCACUACUGGUUUAAUUUAUAAUUGGGAACCAACAACAACCUGGCUUUUUAUUAAUGCCAUAGGUUGUUAGAUCAACAUAUUUGUAUCUUUAGACCUUGGCUUUUAUUUUAAUUACUGGUUUUACUUGUGUUUUGACAUUGUAUGGCUUUAGGUUUAAAGGAUCAUAUUUCUUAUGGCUUGGAAGAUGGUUUUGGGAUGAGGCUUAUAACUGCAUCAUUAACACAGAAAAUUACUCACGGGUGACGCGAGUUUUGUUGAAAUAACUCUCAGGUCCCUCUAUUUUCAAAAAGACAGCAGAGGUCCUUACAUUUUGUUGUAAUGACUAGAAGAGGACAUUUCAUCCAAUAUUUCAUCUAUAAACGUUAAUAAAUGUAUUUUUUUCCUAUUCUUUUCUAAAUGUUUUGAGAAUUUCUUCUAUAAAAUCGUAUAAAAAUUCAAAAUUGUUUGUAUUAUUUUAAAACAAAUGAAAUAAAAAAAUUUAAAAAAAGAAAAAACAAGGUAAUGGCAAAAUAGUAAAAAACAGUAUUGGAAAAAUAGGAAAAAAAUACAUUUAUUAACACUUACGGAUGAUGUAUUGGAUGAAAUGUCCCCUUCUAGUCAUUACAACAAAAUAUAAGGACCUCGGUUGUCUUUUUGAAAAUAGAGGGACCUGAAAGUUAUUUCGACAAAACUCGCGUCACCCGCGAGUAAUAUUCUGUCAUUAACAGGUAAAUGUUUUGCUGCUCAGGAAAAGUAAUUUGGAGGUGGUCUGAUUUAGGAUCUCUCAAAAUAUUUUUUCACUCUUCCGAAAAUUGAAAUUGUAAAGGACUUCAAACAUCCAUUAGCCAAACCUUGCUUUGUUUGGACCUUUGUUUUGUUUACUUUGUAGGUAGCUCUAGCGGUUUGUAAUUCUAUAUUUAUUUUCUUUAAAUUGAAUUAAGCAAAAUUUGUGUUUGAGAAUUUUGAGUCAAUAAAAUUCAUUACAGUUGUGUCAGGUACUGACCCUAUUCCACCAUCUACCCUGAGCCCCUUAUGAAUUUGAGAACUAUUGCUAGCCCUUUUAUUGCAUUUGCACAUGUUGAUGCUAAAAUUGGAAAUAUGGGUCAAGAUGUUCUUGUGAAACAUUCUGGUUCUUUAUGGGUUGUUUUUCAGGUAAAACACUAUGAUUUGUUAAUUAUUUGUUUCUAGUUUGUAGGUUAUUUUAAGUAUGUGACAGCUUGUGUUACUAGACAACACUUUAGCAUGUAUAAAUUCUAACACGGUAGAGGUGCUGUUUGUUUAAAUUCUAUUUAGUAUUGUUGUUAAAACUAUCAUAUUUUCCAAGUCAUGGCGGUUUUUGUCCUCUUCGACUUACAUCAUAUCAUUAUGUUUUUCCUUCUCUUGUUUGACAAAUGCUGUCAUUUUCAAUUAGUUAAUUCAUUUAACAGUUUGAAUUAUCAUGUAUGAAGAUGCAAGCUUAUGAUUUGUUCUCUCCAAAGAUGGCUGAAGAACAGAAUUGAGCCCCAUCUGUCUCUGAGCCAGUAUUGAAGAAGCAGAAGAGGGAACAGGAGUGGGCGUUGGCGUAGAAACAAGAGAUUGAUGUUAUCAUGAAGAAAAAUCCGGCCAAGCCGAAGAUUAUUUUCAAGAGAGCUAAGCAGUAUGUCGAGGAAUACAAAAAACAGGUAUUUUAUGUGCUUUUGGAGGCUUGUUAUCCUUAUUUUCACUAGUUCUGUCCAUGGAUUUUGAGCUAUUAAUGUGUCUAUUUAAGUUUAGGUCAAUCAAUCCCACAACUAACUGAUAGGAGUUCUAUGGUUUGUAUACAUUGCAUCUUACUGAGUUUUCAAUAGCAACAAGGAAUAAUAACAAUAUACUCUACUCAAGAAGGACGUGGGGCAGUAUUUCUAUGGCUACUAGCUUUGGGA